AUGUUCUGCUCGGGGGAUCGCGAGAAAGGGCCCGUGGCCCUGGAGGAACAAUGGGAUUAUAUCAACUUGAGUGAUUUCAAAUCCGAAUCUUGCUGGUCUGGAUUCUCUUACUUCCUGAUCUACGUCUUCCUUUUGGUCUCGAUGGCUGUAUACGGCGUAGACACCUUCACUGCCAUCAACCUGUUAGCUUUCUCGCGAUGGGCCGGCUCAAUUGAGCCUGCAAUACCGUUCAAGAUCUCGCGCUGGAUCUUCGCCGUCUGCAUCAUCGUCUCUUUCGCCCUGCUCAUCUAUCGUUGGUUGCGCGCCAUUCGGGCAAUGCGCUCAGGCAGUAUCGCCCAUAGCUAUCUGGAUUCUCUCGCUGUGCGCAUCCAGAGCAUUCGCAUGGGACAGAAUGGUCGGGGUUGGAGGCGCUUCUUGGUCUUCGCCGAGUUAACCAAAAGUCGAAAGGGCGCGGAGUACGUAGCGCUCUUUGCUUACUUCUCUUUCGAGUCGUGGAUGAGCACAAUCUUUGCCGAUGGCCCUCGACAGGUUGUCAACGCUAUCACUUUGUACUCAGUCAUGCAAAUGGAUCUGCUCCCGGGCGGCAGCAACACAGAGAGUAGCGAUGGAUCCACUGCUUCCCAACUAUUCUACAACAUCAAAGUCCUGGCGGAUAAUAACAUCCGACAAGCCAUUGUCUUGGUCGGCAUGAUUUUCACCCUGAUCAUCUGGGUUUUGUCGAUGAUCAAGCUUCUCCUGGCCGUUGUACUCUAUUUGCUCUUUCUCUGGCAUCACAUUCCUUCAGAGGAUGGAUCGUUGAAGAGGUACUGCAAGCGCAAAAUCAAUUCGCGAUUGACGAAAAUCGUCCGGCAGAAGGUCAACAAGGCGCUGGCCAAAGGUGUGGCUCUCCAGGAUCGAAAGCCUACCCAGCCAAAUGUGGGCGUUGACAGGAAGCCCACUUUGCCGACGCUCGACAUGAACGAUCAUGAUAAGACACCAAUAGUCACGACUAUCUCGCGAACUACCACACAAACGACGCUGCCAGCAUACUCGUCUCGUCCUGGUACCGCUGCGCCAGAUCGCAAACCAACUCUUCCAGAUCUGUCGACCUUUGAUGACAAGCCGCCGGCCCUUACUCGAACAGUGACUCAGUCGUCUUUCUCAGAUGCUGCUUCGAUGUCCGGUAGUACUGCUGUGUCUACAUACAGUCCUCUUGAUCGACAUGGCACUGCGCCUCCAGUACCGCCUCUUCCACAUCAAGGGCCCGCUCCGAUGCCACUCUCUCAAACCCCGAGACCACGCCAGAACUUCGACCAGACGCCUUCGACUCAGCGGUAUGGUGGACCGGUGGACCCGCGUAGUCACACGCCGAUGUCGCGAUCGACGCGCACGCCUGCUCCUCAGCAACAGGCUCAAGCGAUGGCUCGGUCUCAACCUCCUAUGUCUCGUCAGAACUGCACCCCACCGCCUCCUGCUCCAGGAUAUCGGGGAAUGGAUCGAGCGUCGCCCGCACCACCUAUGCCGCGUAUCCAGACACCAAUGUUUCGAUCGAAUACCGCCCCAGCUCCACCUUCCGCUAUGCACGAUCAGAGUCAUAUGCCGUAUGCAAUGGGACAGCAGGAUUCUGAGGGAUACAGUCCUUUCGCAGAUCAGGAGCCCUACUACCCGCAUUAUGGCACUCCCUUUCAGUCUCAUGCCCCAGCAACUGUAUCAACCGCACGUUCUUUGACACCUGGGACAGUUCGUUCUCCUGUUGAGGGCGUGCCUACCCGGACGUUCUCUCCCCAGGGUCAGCUUAACGGUACGCCAUAUCCUGCGGGAGACCAUGAGUUCUCCGCGCGGUCGUUCACCCCGGCUGGCUCUGGUACCCCUCGAUCUCCCCCGCCUGCUGUUCCCGCGGGUUGGGAGACGCGAACGAUGUCUCCUGCUGGUGCCGCAACUGCGAAUAUUUACACUGCAUUCAGUCCAGUUCACAGGAGUGCGCCAAUGCCGCUUACUGAGACUAUCGCUUCGGGCCAAGAUGGGUCCGAUGGUGGAUAUGUCCAUGACGACAUAGCACCGAUUAGCGUUACCCCAGGUGAUGUGCACGAGGUACCUCACGCGCUAGAAGGCGGAUAUGUUGCCUUUAAUCCGUCCGCAAACACUGCUUCGCCUUCCGAGGAACAUCCCAGCCACGAGGAGCGCGAGCAUUAUGCUGAUGAGCAUCACGACCUCCACGCUAUUGACACAGAGAGAGCGUCUCAGGCAGCCUCACCCGAGUCGCAUGGUGCUGACGGGUUUAUCGCCUUUAAUCCAUCGUCCACAGAUUUGUACAAAGACUUGGGCAAUCAGCACCAGCACACUGAAGGACCGCAGGACCACGCUCAGGACGGACUAGGUCAUGAGCACCUUUAUGACUUCUAUGCUGAACAACAUCCCGAGCCACCUGCUGCAGCACUCCGAGCUGUCUCCCCCAGCGCAACCAGUCACGAAGGCUACACGGCGUUCAACCCAUUUGAGGAUUCGUAUGCUGCCGGUUUCGUUCAUGAGCAUGAGCAUGAGCCCGAGCAUGAGCCCGAGCAUGAGCAUAAGCCCGAGCCCCAGCACGAUUAUCAACACCCCAGCUCACAAGCGGAGCAUGAAAUGUCAGAAACGAGUGUACCGAAUGGGGGUGGCUAUGUGGCUUUCUCUCCAGUAACUCACGCUGUGUCUUCCCCGGUGGAGACAUUUACUCCAGCGACACAUGCGUUGUCUUCUCCGACAACCCAGUUUGCUCCUACCACACAUGCCAUGUCUUCGCCAACAGGACAGUUUGCAUCCACCACAGCGUAUGCCAUAUCCUCUCCGACAGCAGCCCAUGCUCCGCGAAUCCAAACCUCUGCAGACGCGCACGCAUACUCUACUUCGUACCCUACCGACCAACAAAGUCACCCUGCCGAACGGGCUUAUUCCCCUGCAGCGGUACAGCCAUACCGUCCUGACCAACAACACCACUUCUGA